AUGGCUUCUACUACCGCCGGCGCUGUCGACCAGCUUGCCGCUGAUCUCAGCAAUGCUACCCUUAACGGCGGCGAAAGAGCUGCUCCCGCCAUCAACACGAAUGUGACGGCUGAGGCCGACAACGAUACCGCUGGCCCCACCCCGAGCUCUGCCGCGGCUCAUCCCCAAGCCUCUGCUUCACUGUACGUUGGCGAGCUUGAUGAGUCUGUCACCGAGGCCAUGCUCUUUGAGCUAUUCUCUCAGAUUGGUCCCGUUGCCUCGAUCCGCGUGUGCCGCGAUGCGGUCACCCGCCGCUCUCUCGGCUAUGCGUACGUGAACUACAACAGCACUGCCGACGGCGAGAAGGCUCUCGAGGAGCUCAACUACACCCUGAUCAAGAACCGUCCUUGCCGCAUCAUGUGGUCGCAGCGCGAUCCUGCCCUUCGCAAGACGGGCCAGGGGAACAUCUUCAUCAAGAACCUCGAUGCCGCAAUUGACAACAAGGCUCUGCACGAUACCUUUGCCGCCUUUGGCAACAUUCUCAGCUGCAAGGUCGCCCAGGAUGAGCACGGAAACUCCAAGGGCUACGGUUUCGUUCACUACGAGACUGAUGAGGCCGCUCAGCAGGCUAUCAAACAUGUUAACGGCAUGCUGCUCAACGAGAAGAAGGUGUACGUCGGGCACCACAUUCCCAAGAAGGACCGCCAGAGCAAGUUCGAGGAGAUGAAGGCAAACUAUACCAACAUCUACAUCAAGAACCUGCACGCCGACGUGACGGACGAUGAGUUUCGCAAGUUGUUCGAGCAGUACGGCGCCGUCACGUCUUCGACGAUUGCCCGCGACCAGGAGACGGGUAAGAGCCGUGGUUUUGGUUUCAUCAACUUCACGACUCACGAGAGUGCUGCGAAGGCUGUUGAGGAGCUCAACAGCCGCGAGAUUCACGGCCAGGAGCUGUAUGUUGGCCGUGCUCAGAAGAAACACGAGCGGGAGGAGGAACUCCGCAAGUCUUAUGAGGCAGCUCGUCAGGAGAAGGCCAGCAAGUAUGUCGGUGUGAACCUGUACAUCAAGAACCUCGAUGAUGAGGUCGAUGACGAGAAGCUCCGCGAGCUCUUUGCUCCGUAUGGCCCGAUCACGUCUGCCAAGGUGAUGCGCGAGACGGCCAGCGAAUCCGACGAAGAGGGCAAGGAGACCAAGGAGACCGAGGAGGUCAAGGAGGUCAAGGAGGAGGAGGAGAAGCCCAAGGUCGAGGGUGCCGCAGAGGGUGAGGCCGAUGCCUCCGGCGAGAAGCAGGCGGCUGCGCGCCCGAAGCUUGGGAAGAGCAAGGGCUUCGGCUUUGUUUGCUUCAGCAACCCCGACGAUGCCACCAAGGCUGUCACGGAGAUGAACCAGCGCAUGGUCAGCGGCAAGCCUCUCUACGUGGCCAUUGCCCAGAAGAAGGAGGUGCGCAAGAGCCAGCUCGAGGCUAGCAUCCAGGCACGGAACACCUUGCGCAUGCAGCAGGCUGCUGCCGUUGCAGGUCUGCCCCAGACAUACAUGCAGCCCCAGGUGUACUACCCGCCUGGCCAGCAGCAGGCUUUCCUGCCCCAGGGCGGACGCGGCAUGGCUUUCCCCCAGGGUGGCCUCGGCAUUCCGGGUGUCCAGGGCGGUCGCCCCGGCCAGUUUGCUCCGGGUGGUUUUACCGGCCCGCAGGGUGGUCGCGGUCUUCCUCCCCAGCAGCUGCCGCCGAAUGUGUACGGCCUUCCGGGUCAGUUCCCACCCGGUGUGCCCUUCGGCCCCAACAAUGCGCAGUACCUCGCCGCCAUGCAGCAGGUGCAGCAGACGGUUGGCCGUGGCGGUGCCCCCGCCGGUGGCCGCGGACCCAUUCCCGCGCUGGGCAGCCACCCUGCUGGAAUUAACGGUCUCCAGGGUGCUGGGCCAGGGCUGGCCGGUUUCCCUCCUACGCGCCAGAACGGCGGUGGCCGUGGUGCCGGUCGCGGUGGAGCCCAGGGCUUUGCUGGCCCGCAGGCCGGCCGUGGCGUUCAGGGCCAGGCGUCGGGUUCCGCAGCCGUGCCGGAGCUGAACCAGGCCACCCUCAUCCAGGCCCAGCUGACUGCGACCAACGGCAACGUUCAGCAGCAGAAGCAGAUUCUGGGCGAGGCCAUCUUCCCCAAGAUCCAGAACUUCCAGCCCGAGCUGGCCGGCAAGAUCACCGGCAUGCUGCUGGAGAUGGACAACCAGGAGCUGGUGCACCUUAUCGAGGACGAGUCUGCCCUGAAGGCUAAGGUUGACGAGGCCCUCGGCGUCUACCAGGACUACGUCAAGGCUCAGAACGUCCCUGCCGAGGAGGCAGAGCAGCAGAGCAAGCCGAUCGAGGAAGCAGCUUAG